AUGUCGCUGUUGUCCGUGCUUACGCGGCCGGCUGGCCGGGCUCUGGAGCACGUGACCUGCGAGGAGGCUGCGGCUCAAGGCCAUUUUCAAAUCUCAUUGGCUUGGUUGUCAUGUGGUCGGCAGAGGCAUCCACAAUUACACGGGGAAUGUUUUCCUAGAGAUGUCAGCCUACAAAGGACACAAUCUCUCUUCUUCAAAUUCCUCCCCAAAAUGUCCUUUCCCAACAGCUCUCCUGCUGCUAAUACUUUUUUAGUAGAUUCCUUGAUCAGUGCCUGCAGGAGUGACAGUUUUUAUUCGAGCAGCGCCAGCAUGUACAUGCCACCACCUAGCGCAGACAUGGGGACCUAUGGAAUGCAAACCUGUGGACUACUCCCGUCUCUGGCCAAAAGAGAAGUGAGCCACCAAAAUAUGGGUAUGAAUGUGCAUCCUUAUAUACCUCAAGUAGACAGUUGGACAGACCCGAACAGAUCUUGUCGAAUAGAGCAACCUGUUACACAGCAAGUCCCUACUUGCUCUUUCACCACCAACAUUAAGGAAGAAUCCAAUUGCUGCAUGUAUUCUGAUAAGCGCAGCAAACUCAUUUCUGCUGAGGUCCCUUCGUACCAGAGGCUGGUCCCUGAGUCCUGUCCCGUUGAGAACCCUGAGGUUCCUGUCCCUGGAUAUUUUAGACUGAGUCAGACCUACGCCACCGGGAAAACCCAAGAGUACAAUAACAGCCCUGAAGGCAGCUCCACAGUCAUGCUCCAGCUCAACCCUCGCGGCGCGGCCAAGCCGCAGCUCUCGGCCGCCCAGCUGCAGAUGGAAAAGAAGAUGAACGAGCCCGCAAGUGGCCAGGAGCCCGCCAAAGUCUCCCAGGUGGAGAGCCCCGAGGCCAAGGGCGGCCUUCCAGAAGAGAGGAGCUGCCUGGCUGAGGUCUCCGUGUCCAGUCCCGAAGUACAGGAGAAGGAAAGCAAAGAGGAAAUCAAGUCUGAUACUCCAACCAGCAAUUGGCUCACUGCAAAGAGUGGCAGAAAGAAGAGGUGCCCUUACACUAAGCACCAAACGCUGGAAUUAGAAAAAGAGUUCUUGUUCAAUAUGUAUCUCACCCGCGAGCGCCGCCUAGAGAUCAGUAAGAGCGUUAACCUCACCGACAGGCAGGUCAAGAUUUGGUUUCAAAACCGCCGAAUGAAACUCAAGAAGAUGAGCCGAGAGAACCGGAUCCGAGAACUGACCGCCAACCUCACCUUCUCUUAGGUCCGAGGCCCGUCAGAGGCCAGGAUCGGAGAGGGGGCACCGAUUUCCAGGGCCGAGUACUGGAGGACUGGGAAGGCGGAAACAAAACCUUCAUUGCUCUUUGUUUUUUUGUUUUUGUUUUUUCCUGCUAGAAUGUGACUUUGGGGUCAUUCUGUUCGUGCUGCAAGUGAU